GCGCUCAGCGCCCUCAAGUACACGAACGUCGGCGGCUCGGGCUCGUACAACGAGGUCACGAACAUCCUCCCAGGCACUUUCCCCACGUGCGACGCGAACCCGUUCUGCGUCACCCAGCCCAAGCAGAUCACCGGGAACCUCGCACCGUUUGACGAUGAGAUGACCGUCGCUUUCCGUGGCCCGCUCAACUUGUACAACAUCGCCGUCUACCAGCCGACGAACUCGAGCUCCGCAACCUGGAAGCAGGUCAGCUCGUGGGCCGCCGACCAGGAGCCCUCGAACCUCGUGUUCAUGAACAACAUGGGCGGCCAGGAGAGCGGCGAGUGGUCCAUCUGCGCUGGUUCCAGCCAGUCCUACGCGAGCGGUGACUGGACGGCGUCCGCGAAGUCCGCGAACGCGCAGCUCGCGAAGGGCGCGCUCGACGAGACGCACGAGAUCAACAUCAUGACCGGCGCCGCGUGCACUUCCUCGGACCCAUGCACCGGCUUCUCGCGCGGCACCGCGAACCACGGUUGGGCGGGCAGCAAGUUCUUCGUCUUCGAGUUCGACAUGCCGACCUCGUCCGACGCCACCAAGGUGCCCGCGAUCUGGGCGCUCAACGCGCAGAUUGUGCGCGCCGCGCAGUACGGCUGCAACUGCCGCGGGGUCGGCCCUGGGGGGUGCGGCGAGCUCGACAUCCUCGAGACGCUCGCCGCGGACGGCGCGAACCCGAACCAGGCGAUCUCGGAGAUCUACUCGCCCAAGGGCGCGACGGGCAGCGGCGUGAGCUUCUUCGCGCGGCCGACGACGGAGAAGGUCACGUACGGCGUCAUCUUCGACGUGCAGACGGACAGCAUCGCGAUCCAGCGGUACACGGGCUGGGACUUCACGCAGAGCGCGGUGACCCGCAGCGUCGUCGACGGGUACCUCAACGCGAAGGCGAUGACGGUCUCGUUCAGCACGAGCUCGAAGCGCGCGGACAUGCCGCGCUCGGUCUUUGGUGCGCACAAGCGCCGCCGCUGGCACUGA